AUGAAUAACACCAAGUUUGUUGGCACGAUGCUUAUACUGAACGCAGUUCUACCUCAUCUCAACACCCUUAGCAAGGUGUUCCAAAAAGAUCACACAUGCUACACCUCCAUCAGACCUGCACUUGAAAGCACCAAAUCCAGACUUUCUGAAAUCCGGUCCUCCUUUAACCUUGUUCUUGAGUUGCAAACAACCAUUCAGCCAGGUGGGGACUAUGCUUCUUUGGAACUGGAACUCAAAGAUGAUGGCCAGGUAGAAGCACUCUUGAAAAAUCUUGUAGUUAACUACACAACUGCCCUCGAGAGGAACCUAGAUAGGAGAUUUCAAGAGGCAGCACCCGUUCUUGAAGCAUUUUCCAUCUUUGAUCCAAGCUGCCUCCCAAAGCCAGAGGACCCAGCCUUCAAGAAGUAUGGUGUAGAUGAAGUAAAAGUGCUGUGCAAGUAG